AAUUCGGGAGGAAACCACAACGGAUUGAUUAGGAACUCGGCUUUGCAGAAAUAUUCGUGUUCAUUUAUAAGUGGGCAGUCUCUUACCACAGCGACCAUGAUCUAUAAUGAAAGACUCUGAACGUUUCACUGUUUUUUCCCAUUACGAUUUCCUGGACACUGUGAAUAUUGGGACUGCGAACUUGCUGCUUACGUGGAAUUUUUUUGGGCCUUUUUUUCCCUAUAUUUUUUUUCUCCCAAUCCGCUUAGACCUUUCGCCUGUUCAUUGUUGCCUUAUGAAUGCAGCCCUUCGUUUCUUGAGUAAAGAUAAGAUAAUUCUCACUUUCAUUCAUUUUUGUGCACAAAGUUCUCUCAGUGGUUUAUGUCUGUGUUGGACAACGUAUCUAAACACAUAUCCUGGGGUCAUGUGUUUCGCCACAUACGGUGCUACAGAAUGUGUUACUCCAUUCAAAUACGCGUGCAUGAAUCGGCUUAGUUUGAAGGUUCCGUGCGCAACAAAGCAUGGCUCAUAUCCCUUUAAUUGGAGAAACGUGUUGCACUCGCUUUACUCAAGCUUAGUGUCCUAAAUAUGCAGUAACUAUUGUAUAUGCAUUUUGUCAUCAUGAUUUCUCAAGUAUCAUGGCUUUGGUUUUAUUUAUCGUCACUGAGUUUUAUCACAACCUUCUGUAGCGCCUAAUGCUAUUGAUGAUGGCGUUAUGGGCACAACGCAAACCGUCGGCACCGUUAACUGCCAAGGUUACAGAAAAUCCAAGAGAGUUCUGUUCGCAUAUUUACCAGCAGAGGUUCCUUCAUUGCUAUAUUUCAUGAUGGCACCAUGUCUCUUGCCCGCCUGUAACUUUUU